GUAUCACUGUUGUUUACAAUCGCAACCAAAAUGGUUGUUGGCUGAAAAAAACAGAACAGAAUGGAAGAAGGAAAAGUAACAAAAGCACUACUGAAGACCAGGAGUGGGGAGUUUGAACUAGAGAGUAUACAUUCCAUCAAUCUAAGAGAACUAGGUAUAUCUGAUCUUGGAUGCAUAGGAGAGUGCGUCGGAUUAGAGCGAGCCAAUCUGUCUAGAAAUGACAUCACAAAGCUUACAAAACUAGCAGGACUCACAAACCUGACCACACUCAAUCUCUCUGCUAACAGAAUCAUAUCUCUAGAAGGAUUACAGGCUCUUGAUAAUUUACAGUCUCUUAACUUAGCUGGGAAUCUCAUUGGUGGUGUUGAAAACUUCAGGUGUUUACAAGGCCUAGAAAAACUAGAAAAUCUAACCGUUAAUGAUAAAGCACUGUCCAACCCCUUCUGUGUAAAUGAAGGAUACAAAAAAGAUAUAGCAAAAAUGCUACCAAAGCUGCGAACCAUUGAUGGAGAGCGUUUACAUGGUCGAGGAAGUGAAGUGUUUGAAAUAUGCAAGGAGAUUGAAGAAGCCCUAGAAAUGCGGUCCAACACCAGUAGAGAUUCUAAAAUCAUCAAGGCAGAGGAAUGGCUUCCAAACGACUUCUGGACAUUUUCCUCUAAAAAGUUUGACCAAACAAACUUAGCUGAUGCAGAUGAGCAAUUGAAAGGUCUUCUAUACUCCUGUCAGCUACUGAGUGACAAAGCUGAUGCAUCUUUAAAUUCCUCGCCUUCCACUCAGUCAUCUUCCUCCUAAUAAAGGCAGAAAUUAAACAACAACAUCCAUUUUUGAAGAAAAACAUUUACAUUAUCUACUGCAUUACCUCAGCAGUAUCUUCCUGUUGAAGCUGAAUGGUUUUGUACGUUGACAGAGUAUAAUAAAUGAACUAAUUGUAAAAUACCUGGUAAAUGAACCAAUGGUAAAAUAAAUGAACCAUUUCAGAAGAAUAACACUAUUGAAUUUGAGACAAAUAUUACACAUGAAUUGUAUGUGUAUGAUUGAGAGGGGUUGAAGAACGAUGUGAGUAUUUUAAGUUACAUGUGUGUGUGUGUAAUUGUUAGUGUGGAAGGUACAAAUUACAAGGUCAUAAUAUUGUUUGCUAGAUUAUUGUAUUACAUAUGAACACAAUUAAAGAUAUCUAUAAAUGACAAAA